AGCGGUGAUAUUUUGACAUGUGUUCAGUGACUCGCUGCAAACGCUCACAGUUGUGUUCACCAGUUUGACUAUUUGACAUUUUGUCUGGAAAACGGUUCAGAAAGAUGAACACCGUCUUGUCGAGAGCGAACUCCCUUUUCGCCUUUUCUCUCAGCGUCAUGGCAGCUUUAACAUUUGGAUGUUUCAUCACCACGGCGUUUAAAGACAGAACAGUUCCUGUGGACGUCCGGGUUUCGAAAGUCAUGCUGAAGAAUGUUGAUGACUUCACUGGACCCAGAGAGCGCAGUGAUCUGGGUUUAAUCCAUUUUGACCUCUCAGCUGAUUUGCAGCCUAUUUUUGACUGGAACGUUAAACAGCUCUUUCUGUAUUUGUCAGCGGAGUACACAACAAAAAGCAAUUCUCUGAAUCAGGUUGUACUCUGGGAUAAGAUUGUCCUUCGGGGUGAAAACAACAAACUGGACCUCAGAGACACCAAGUCAAAGUACUUCUUCUUCGAUGAUGGAAACGGGCUGAGGGCCAACAAGAACAUCACUCUGACGCUGUCCUGGAAUGUCGUUCCCAACGCUGGAAUACUGCCGCUUGUAGUUGGAAGUGGAUAUGUCAGUCUUUCCUUUCCAGAUAAAUAUGAGACGACAAAGAGCUAUUAGAAGCAAAGAAAAUACCUACUUCACUCCCAGGCUUUGUAUAAUGACAGGCAUACUGGUAAUGCAUUUUUUACCUCUCACACACUCAUGAAUGGUGUUGGACUUAUUACCAAAACAAGAUAAUAUUAAUACAAAACUCAUAAAAUAUUGCAUUGAAUUGAAGUGGAAUACAGGAUAUGUGUAUUUGAUUAGGUAUUUGAUGCAGGUUUUUCUCUGCUCACAAAAAAGGGGACACUCAGCAAGUUUUCCAUGUUUAGUUAUGAAAGCAUCCAGUUUAAUUUCCUCACACAGUUGUUUGUGUUUACAACUGAAGCACAGGCAGGAGGCCAUCUUUUUACUUGGAGCAUUAUGAGACAUCUUUUUAAACUUAAAGUUAUUAUGUUACAAACAAUGUCAAUACAAGCGAAAGAAAAGAAGAAUUAUCUUUUUAGAUAAGAAUGUUGUUUUCAAAAACUUCGGAAUUGCGUUUAUUUUAUUAAACUGAAAACUGCCUGUGGUCUUAUGUUACGUUCUUGUGAGCUGAGCAAAAACAAUCAGAAACUUUUUUCACAUUUGAAAUACAUAUUGUCAUUCA